AUGGGUAGAAAAAUUGAGAUAAAGAAAAUAGAAGAGACAACGAAACGUCAAGUUACAUUUUCUAAGCGACGUAGUAGUUUAUUAAAAAAAGCUGAGGAGAUUGCGUUUUGCUGUGACGUGGAUGUGUUGUUUGUCGCGUUCUCGCCUUCUGGUCGUCUCAAUAAAUUCUGUAGCCCACAAAGGGAUUACGAAACAGGAGCAGAACAAGAGCCUUCUCUUCACCAACUACGUUGGUGUGAGAGUAACUUGAAACACUCCCUUCAAAAAAUCUUGGCCAGAAAAAUGAAAUUGGAGAAACAAGGAAAUAUGGAUGUUCACUCUGUUGCACAACAAAUGGCUCCUCACCAGUUUGAUACUAAUAAUUGGAUUAGUCCAUUCAGUUCAACUAUUCAAAAUCAAGACUGGAUGGACAAAGGAAAGAGAGUAGCAAACAGUUCUAGCAAUUACACAUAUACCCCUUCCUUCGCUGGUUCUUCACAUUUAGGAAAUAUGCCAAUUUCUCGAAACCCAUCACCUUUUACCCCAUUGCAGAGCCAACAACAAAACAUGGUGGUAGGUGUCCAGAAGAAUCCAACACAAACAUUUGGUCAAUCACAAAGCCAUCAACAACACAUGGUAGUGGAUGUCCAACAGAAUUCAACACAAACAUUUGGACAAUUACAGAACCAACAACAGAACAUGCUAGUAGAUAUCCAGCACAAAUCAGCACAAACAUUUGGAUUGUCAGAGGCACAACUGACAUUUGGUGAAAGUAGUGACAACUCUCUCACAAAGUUCUGGCACAAUGAUUUCGCUUCCACAAGGUAUGACUCGAGUUCACUCGUGAAUACGGGUACACAAUUGAACACUCCCUCCCAAUUAGGGUUGGAGUAUGACCAUUCAAAUUGGAAUAUCAACUUGGAUAAUAACAACAACAUCAAUCACAUCAUUCAAUCAAAUGAUCAAUCUUCAAUUCAAAGUGAUGCGAUAGCUUCUAAUGUUAACGAGCUUAACUUUCCUAUGGAGGAGAAUACCAUGGGAAACAAUGAAUACUUUGCUGAAACAACACAUGAGAAUGAUGCAUGGGAAUGGGACGAUGUUUUCCUCAAUGAGGCUUUCGGUGGAGAUGACUUUUAAAUUUAGAUUGAUCCAUGAGUGACAAACAAACAUUUUUUUUAAAAAUCUAGUUUCUUUA